AUGGGUAAAGAUGAGGAUUUGAUUGUAUUGGCGGGUGUAGAGGACGGAGAGAUCUCUGCUUCUGCUCCGAUUGAAGUUAAUCAGACUACGGCGGCGGCGGGAGAUGGCGGAGAUAACGAUGGUGGAGGAAGAGGAGGAGGUUUUGAGAGUUCUAGGGUUUGGACAAUGCGUGAUUUGAUGAGUAAGUAUCCAGGGUACCGUGGAUACGCGAAUUCGGGUUUGUCGAAUUUCGCGUGGGCUCAAGCAGUGCAGAACAAGCCACUGAGUGAAGGUUUGGGGAAGGAGUAUGAGACGAGAGAGAGUGAUAAGAUUGUGAUUGAAGAUAGUGAUGAUGAGAAAGAGGAAGGAGAGUUGGAGGAAGGGGAGAUUGAUUUGGACUCUUCUGCUGCUAUGGAAACUGAAUCUGUUUUCUUGACAAGUGGUGAUGAUAAAGUGGUGGAAGAUGAUGAUAGGGUUCAGAAGGAGAGAGAUUUGGAGACCAAAGUGAAACUGAUUCGUGAUGUGUUGGAGAGUACUUCGUUAGUCCAAGCACAGAUAGCAUUUGAAGGAGUGUGUUCCAAACUUUUGGGGGCUUUGGAGUCUUUGGGAGAGUUGGUUUCUGAUAAUGAUGAUUUUCCGAAGAGGGAUACUUUAAUGCAAUUGUCAUUUGCUUCUCUUCAGACCAUAAACUCUGUGUUUACCUCCAUGAACUUUAUGUCCAAGGAGCUUAAUAAGGAGACAAUGUCAAGAUUGGUAUCUCUGGUUAAUGACCAUUGUUCCAGGUUUCUCUCAUCUAAUCAGAGAAUUGAGAUAGAAGCCAUGAAUCAAAAUUUAAGACGUUCAGCUAUUGCACUUAAUGCUGGAGCCAGCAGUGAGGAGAAUGUUAACCGAAUGACUCAGACAAGUAAUCUGUCUACAGAAGGUUCGCGUAGAGGAGCCUUUUACGCAAGGAGUAGGCUGCCUCUGCUAGACCUUCAUAAGGAUCAUGAUGCAGACAGCCUUCCAUCUCCCACAAGGGAAACAACACCAAGUUUACCUGUAAAUGGUCGCCACAUGAUGGUUAGACCAGGUUUUCCAUUUGGUAAAGAAGGCCAAACGAGUGAAGGUGCCAAAGUCCAACCAUAUGAGAGCGAGGCCCUUAAAGCAGUUUCGACUUAUCAGAAAAAAUUUGGAGUUAAUUCAAUAUUUAAAUCAGACGACCUUCCAAGCCCAACACCAUCAGGGGAACCUAAUGAUGGCAAUGGGGACAUUUCUGGAGAGGUUUCUAGUUCUGUUGUUAGGACCACCAAGCCGGGGACUCCCAUGACUUAUGGGCAAGACGUGCCUCUGCCCUCCACUUUUAACUCUAGAAUCAUGCCUGUUACAAAUGCUGUAUCUAGCACUGCUCCACCCCAUCCUCUGUCAAUUAAUGGUAUGUCUGCACCAACCGUUGCAACUCAAACAGUUCUUGCAUCUGAUCAGACAGUGAAACCUUCUGCAAAGAGUCGAGAUCCAAGGCUACGGCUUGCGAAAUCUGAUGGUGCCAGUGUUAACGUUAGUCCUAAAGUAGAGCCUUCUGCAGACAUGGUGAACCAAAGAAAGCAAAAAGCCACCAGUGAACUUUUUAUUGAUGGACCUGCAUGGAAAAGAAAAAAGAGUGAUAAAGAUGCACCACCGGUAGCUGGUAUUGGUGGCUGGCUAGAAGAUACAGAAUCAUCAGGGCGUCAAAAAGUGGAAUCCAAGCCUAGGCUAAUUGAGAAUGGAGCAACAUCGAUGACAACAAAUGUUAUACCCACGAAUGCUGUCUCUGUGACUCAGAAAGUAACUACGGCAGCUUCAAAUGAAGCAUUGUCAUCUCUUCUUAAGGGAAUUGCAGGGAAUCCUACAAUGCUUCAGAAUCUCCCAAAUCCUUCAGUGCUUAUGAAUAUCCUAAAAAUGGGACAAAGGCAAACGGUACCUGAAAAAGCUCCGCAGAAGCCAAUGGAUCCAAGAAGAGCAGCACAACUUCCUGGCUCUUCCCUACCACCAGUGGUAGCUCCACCACUUAGCGUACCUGCAUCGAAUGCUUUAGCUGCUAAUUUUUCACAGCCAGGAGCGCUUAAGGACGAAUCUGGAAGCAUUCGCAUGAAACCACGUGAUCCUCGCCGAAUCCUGCUUGGAGGUACUCUUCAAAGAACAGACUCUUUGGUAGAGAAGCAGUCCAAAGUGAAUGACUCCUCAACUCUGAAGGGUAAGACAGAAGUGUUAGAAACACCUUCCCAGCCUGCUCCACGGCAAAGUAUUAGCCUGAAUGGUACCAGCAAAAUGAGAAUCUCUGGUGAACCCGUCAGUGGAAAGACACCAGAUAUUCCAGCACACUUACCCAAAAAUCUGAAAAAUGUUGCUGAUAUGGUUGUAUCACAACAAGUUGGCAAACCAUUAGCAAUUACACAUUCAGCAGACCUUAAGACUGAUAAAGUUCAGGAGGAGGGUGUGUCCGUUUCAGCAGCAGUAGUAGCGGCUGCAGCUGGUCCUACUCGUUCUAUGAACAGUUGGGGAGAUGUGGAGCACCUGUUUGAAGGAUAUGAUGACACGCAGAGAGUAGCUAUCCAAAAAGAGAGAACUCGAAGGUUAGAGGAACAGAAGAAAAUGUUUGGAUCACAAAAGCUCUCUCUUGUAUUAGAUUUAGACCACACCCUUCUCAACUCAGCUAAGUUUCAUGAGGUUGAAACUGCCCAUGAGGCCAUGUUGAGGAAGAAGGAAGAACAAGAUCGUGACAAACCAUAUAGACAUCUCUUUCGUUUCCCCCACAUGGGAAUGUGGACUAAACUGAGACCGGGGAUUUGGAAUUUUUUGGAGAAGGCUAGCAAGCUGUACGAGUUACAUCUUUACACUAUGGGAAACAAAUUGUAUGCUACAGAGAUGGCCAAACUGCUUGAUCCUGAAGGGGUUCUCUUUAAUGGGCGAGUCAUAUCUAAAGGAGAUGAUGGAGAUCCCAUUGAUGGAGAUGAACGAGUACCCAAGAGCAAAGAUUUAGAAGGAGUUAUGGGCAUGGAAUCGUCUGUUGUGAUCAUAGACGACUCUGUCCGAGUGUGGCCUCAUAACAAAAUGAAUUUAAUAGUUGUUGAAAGAUAUACUUAUUUCCCUUGCAGUAGACGGCAGUUUGGGCUUCUUGGUCCUUCUCUUCUAGAGGUCGAUUUCGAUGAGCGACCUGAGGAAGGCACAUUGGCAUCUACAUUAGCGGUUAUUGAGAGAAUACAUAAAAAUUUCUUCUCUCACACUUCACUAGACGAAGCAGAUGUGAGGAAUAUUUUAGCUUCCGAGCAACGGAAGAUCUUGGCUGGUUGUCGGAUUGUGUUUAGUCGGAUAUUCCCAGUAGGUGAAGCCAACCCGCACUUGCAUCCCUUGUGGCAGACUGCUGAGCAGUUUGGUGCUGUCUGCACAACACAGGCUGAUGAACAUAUCACUCAUGUUGUCACAAACUCUCUCGGAACUGACAAGGUGAAUUGGGCACUAAGCAAGGGUAAAUUUGUUGUUCAUCCUGGCUGGGUGGAAGCAUCAGCGUUUCUGUACCAGAGAGCAAACGAAAGCAAUUUUGCCAUCAAACCGUAAAACCAAAUGCAUUUUCCGCCCACUAUAUAUCAAACUCCACCAUAUGGUGAAGUUUGAGAUACUUGUUAAGGCCUGAAUCUCCCAAUAGGUCAUAUGCAAGCCCCGUGGGUUACGGGUUUGGGGGUACAUAAGCAUUCUUUUGCCCCACUAAGUUGCAGUUCAUUAAAUUGCCAAAAGUAUUGGUAGGGGAUUUAACCAAAAGGAAACUUCAACUUGUGUCUACUAACUUUGGGGGGAGGAUGAAGGGGAAAUGAUCAGUCUCUGGAUAUAAAAAUAUCACACCAGAGAGACCCAGUAGAAAGUGAUGGUGAUGGGUCAGGAUCGUGUUCAGUUUUGGUCCUCUUCUGUUGAAUGUUGUUGAUUCAUGAUCAGUCAAGUUCGCUUAUUGUGCUAUGUAUGCUCUUGUGGGAAGCAACGUGGCAAAAGGUAACGGACAAUAAAAUGCGUAGUUGAAUGACUGAACAAAGCUUUGAUUGAAAUUUCUAGACCUUAUUAAUCCCCAGAAUUAAAUGUGGUGGAGAAAGCAAAUUCAUUGAGACAAGUCAACAACAUUAAACGGUUACUUGACAAACAAGUUAUUGGGAAUAGUUCAAUGAGGC